UUGAGAAAAGGGCCAAAGCGGUUGUGGUCGGCUUUGAUUAGCAAUUACAAGCCACACGCCAUUGGGUCUGCGACUGUUCUUCACGUCGCCGCCCUUCAGGGGAACGCACUCGUCGUUGAAUUACUGCUGGAGGCAGGUGCCGACCCAAACGUAACAACACUUGAGGUGUUCCAAAUCACGUCUCCAAACCCAAAGUUCUGGAUCGCCAAAUCCACGCCGCUUCACCUGGCGGUCUCCGUCGGCCAGCAUGAGACGGCGCGAAUACUCCUCAAGUUUGGGGCGAAAGUGGAUACACAGGACAAGAACGGCAGAACCCCACUUCAUCUGACAUACAUGAGCAAGGAGUCUGCUUGUGUGGCAGACGUCCUGUUGGAGAACCGCGCAUGCGUGAACUCCAUGGAUGACGAUGGGAGAACCCCGCUCCAUUAUGCAGCCAUGCACGUGGAGAUUGAGACAGUGAAACGUCUUCUCUCCGCUGGCGCCGACAUUGAUCUUCAGGAUCACGACGGGUUGUCGCCCCUUCUCUGGGCCAUUAAAUACAGCGCGACGAGGGUUGCAACCUAUCUCUGUGCGUGUGAAGCAAACCUCCAACUUCAAGACGCCAAGGGCAUGGCACCGCUGCACUGGGCAGCUCAGAUAGGGCUACCAGAGUUGAUCCAUCUCUUUGUCGGCGUGUUCCGCGUGAACGUAGAUCAGCAGGACGCCCUUGAACGCACGCCCUUGCACGUGGCGUGCCUGUACGGGGAGAGUGGAAGCGCCACGGCUCUCCUUGAAUAUGGCGCAGACGUCAACGCCUUGGCUCAGUGUGGAUAUUCUCCGUUGCACUACGCCGCUAAGAGUGGUGAUUUAGAAUCCUGUUCGCUGCUUCUCAAAAUGGGUGCAAACGCGAUGCAAAAGGACCGUUGGGAAAAGACGGCAGGUGAUCUCGCGAGAACAUCUGAGUUGCAAGGUUUGCUUCAAACUGGAGAAGCAAUGUCCUUGUUAGACAGGCAAGCAUCCCCCGUCAAGGAUUCCGACGGAGAAUCCCUCAUAGCUACUGGUCCUUGUGACAGCAGCCCGGGAUCUAGCAGGGAAUCAAGUGUAGUAUCUCCGCGUCAGGAAAACCUUACUGACGAGCAGAAUCAUGGUUCAGGCACAGACAGACCCAGCCUUCGUCUGAGGUCCCACACCAGAGACCUACUAGAAAACAUCACCGACGAGAUGAAGGAAAUUAAAGAGGCAGUCUCAGACAUAAGGAGCUCCUCCAAGAUUCUCCAAGUCUUCAACGAAAAACCAUUAGACACAUUUGAGACAAAACUUUUUCUUCUUGUGUCGAAAAAGAUCAAUUGUGACUGGAAGGAUUUGUUCCGAUCACUUAUGUCCAGAUUCCACCAGUCGAUGAUUGUUGAGUCGAAAAUCGAAGAAAUCGUUUACGCUAACGAGAGGGAUCUCUCGGAACAGUGUUAUAUAUCUCUCGUCAGAUGGCGACAGAGUCGUGGGCUGCGCCUGCGCGUUGACGAGCUGAUCGAUGCUCUCAAUGAGAUCCUUAGACGGGAUAUAGCUGAGGAAGUGGAAAACUUUCUUUCGGAGCGAGGAAAUUGUCAAAAAUUCUAA